CACUGAUUUAUGUGAUUUACGAUAUUAAAAAGCUCAACCCCACUUGCCUGCCUGCCGUUGGAAGUUACUACUGGAGUGGGCAUGGGGAGGGCUGUGAAGCGUUGCCCCCAGAGUCAAUCCCAGCCUAGGAGAGGGAAGAGGCCUAUGGCCUUUGUAAAUGAAAAGGUCCUCCAGUGCUGGCAGGCUCCAGUGCGCCUGUGGUUUUACAUCUGCUGGGUGGGCUGUGUGGGGGCAUGCUGAUGGAACACAGCUUGGGGACAGAGUGCUUGCUUUCUCUGAAUUGGAGUAACUUAGUGGCUUCCCCUUCCCUCACGUCUCCCCCACCCCAUGAAACCCCUAAACCACUCUGAAGCCCCUCCCUCCAUCCUUCUGGUCUGGGUGGGGUCGUUGAGGCCUAGGGGAGCUGAAGAGGUGUAGACCGGAUGUGGACUUUGGUUUAUUGGGAACUUUGGCAAACAGAAGGAGGAGGAAGGAGGGCCCACGUAGCAAAAACAGCUACUGUGGCCAGGGCCGGGCUGCGGCCAAGGUAGGAGGUGGAGGGGAUGGGUGACCGGGUCCUUGGCUUGGGGGAGGGGCUUGCCCUGGGGUGCACACACCCAUCCCUGUCCCGCCCAGAGGGACAGCAGCUUAGGAGAAAACCAAACCUUUCCACUGACCUCUGUUUUGUCGGCCUGGGGCUACCCCGGACAAACAGGAGUGGGUGGCGCUACCUUAUCUGGGGCGUGCAGGCGGGUGGUAACCUUCCCUUGAACCUCCCCCCUCUUUAGAGCCCGAGAGUCGCGGUCACGUUUCCUCUCCCAGCCCCAGCAUCGUGCCUCCUCCGCCCCCCCUACCCCCCCUACCCCCCCGCCCCCAAGCAGGUUUGCGCACUCUGCGAGCGGACACACCUCCGUCUCGCACCCGGUCAGCCUCGGAAUGAGCCUGUAGGAGGGCGCGCGGGGAGGCCGGGAGGGCCUGUGGCCGGGGGCGGGGCGGGGCGGGGCGGCUGAGGUGAGGGGCUGCGCGCCCCGCUCCGCGCGCAGCGGGCAGCUCGGAGGGGGCGGCCCUGGGGGCGGUGGGGCUGGGGGCGGGACCGGGGGCGGGGCUUAGGGGAGGGCCAGCCAGGGACUGGGGGCCCCCGGGAGCUCAGCCGGAGCGCCGCGCACCCGGCCAGUCCGCCUGUCAGGCCGCCUCCUGCAGCCGCCCGGCUAACUGCCUUGUGGCGCCGGCCCUUCCUCAUGCUGGCACCCCCGACCCCCGAGACUGCGAUCCCCAUGUCCCAGGCGGAGGCCGACCUAGCCCUGCGGCCCCCGCCGCCUCUCGCCGCCGCCGCCGGUCCGCCCCGCCUUGGGCCCCCUCCGCGCCGGGUGCGCCGCUUCUCCGGGAAGGCUGAGCCCCGGCCGCGCUCUUCCCGUCUCAGCCGCCGCAGCUCAGUCGACUUGGGGCUGCUGAGCUCUUGGUCCCAGCCAGCCUCACCCGUUCCGGAGCCCCCCGCUCCUCCGGACGCUGCUGGUCCUGGCCCCGCGAGGAGCCCACCGCCUAGUUGUCCAGAGCCCCCCGAGGGCACGUGGACCGGGGGAGCCCCGGUGAAGGCUGCAGACUCCGCGCGUCCAGAGCUCGCGGGCUCUGCAGGAGGCCCGGGGUCCCGGGAUCCGCCGACAGUCCCCGAAGCCGCGGCUCGGGAGCGGCAGCGGGAGCAGGAGGAAAAGGAGGAUACGGAGACCCAGGCCGUGGCAACGUCCCCAGACGGCCGAUACCUCAAGUUUGACAUCGAGAUUGGACGUGGCUCGUUCAAGACGGUGUAUCGAGGGCUGGACACCGACACCACGGUGGAGGUGGCCUGGUGUGAGCUGCAGACUCGGAAACUGUCUCGAACCGAGCGACAGCGAUUCUCCGAGGAAGUGGAGAUGCUCAAGGGGCUGCAGCACCCCAACAUCGUCCGCUUCUAUGACUCAUGGAAGUCAGUGCUGAGGGGCCAGGUUUGCAUCGUGCUGGUGACCGAACUCAUGACCUCCGGCACCCUCAAGACAUACCUGAGGCGGUUCCGAGAGAUGAAGCCACGAGUCCUUCAGCGCUGGAGCCGCCAGAUCCUUCGGGGGCUUCAUUUCCUACACUCCCGGGUACCCCCCAUUCUGCACCGGGAUCUCAAGUGCGACAACGUCUUUAUCACGGGCCCUUCAGGUUCGGUCAAGAUCGGCGACCUGGGCCUGGCCACGCUCAAACGCGCCUCCUUUGCCAAGAGCGUGAUCGGGACCCCGGAGUUCAUGGCCCCUGAGAUGUACGAGGAAAAGUACGAUGAGGCGGUGGACGUGUACGCAUUUGGCAUGUGUAUGCUGGAGAUGGCCACCUCCGAGUACCCUUACUCCGAGUGCCAGAAUGCCGCGCAGAUCUACCGCAAGGUCACUUCGGGCACAAAGCCGAACAGCUUCUACAAGGUGAAGAUUCCCGAGGUGAAGGAGAUCAUCGAAGGCUGCAUCCGCACCGAUAAGAACGAAAGGUUCACCAUCCAGGACCUCCUGGCUCACGCCUUCUUCCGCGAGGAGCGCGGCGUGCACGUGGAGCUAGCGGAGGAGGACGACGGGGAGAAGCCCGGCCUGAAGCUCUGGCUGCGCAUGGAGGACGCGCGGCGUGGGGGGCGCCCACGGGACAACCAGGCCAUAGAGUUCCUGUUCCAGCUGGGCCGGGACGCCGCAGAGGAGGUGGCGCAGGAGAUGGUGGCCCUGGGUUUAGUCUGCGAAGCUGAUUACCAGCCAGUGGCCCGCGCAGUACGUGAACGAGUUGCUGCCAUCCAGCGAAAGCGUGAGAAGCUGCGCAAAGCUAGGGAGUUGGAGGCCCUCCCCCCUGCACCAGGACCUCCACCAGCAGCUGUCCCCAUGACUCCUGGUGGUCCCCCCAGCGGCUUCCCCCCGGAGCCCGAGGAGCCUGAGGCGGACCAGCACCAGCCUUUCCUCUUCCGCCAUGCCAGCUACUCAUCUACCACCUCGGAUUGUGAGACUGAUGGCUACCUCAGCUCCUCUGGCUUCCUGGAUGCCUCAGACCCUGCCUUUCAGCCCCCUGGGGCGGUGCCAUCCAGCCCUGCUGAGUCCCAUCUCUGCCUGCCCUCGGCUUUUGCCCUGUCCAUUCCACGUUCUGGCCCUGGCAGUGACUUUUCCCCAGGAGACAGCUAUGCCUCGGAUGCAGCGUCAGGCCUCAGUGAUGUGGGAGAAGGGAUGGAACGCCUGAGGAGACCCCCAGGGAGAACUCCCCGGCGCAGACCGCGAUCCCGGCUGCGGGUCACUAGUGUCUCAGACCAGAAUGACAGAGUGGUUGAGUGCCAGCUGCAGACGCACAAUAGCAAGAUGGUGACCUUCCGCUUCGAUCUGGAUGGGGACAGCCCGGAAGAGAUUGCAGCUGCCAUGGUGUAUAACGAGUUCAUUCUGCCCUCGGAGCGAGCCGGCUUCCUGAGCCGUAUUCGGGAGAUUAUCCAGCGAGUGGAGACCCUGUUGAAGAGAGACACUGGCCCUGUAGAGGCUGCUGAGGACCCUCUGGGCCCCCAGGAGGAGCCAGCACCAUUGCCUGCCCUCUCGGGCCCCCUCCCAGACCCAUCCCGUGAGCUCCAGAGCUGCACCUCCCUGGAGCAGAGGAGCUGGGCAGCCUUCUCCACCUCCUCAUCUUCUUCUGGAACCCCUCUGUCUCCUGGAAACCUGUUUUCCCCUGGAAACCUGUUUUCCCCCGGAACCCCUGUUUCCCCAAGUCCUAUCUUCCCUAUCGCUUCUCCCCCGUACUCCAGCCCCUCCCUAUUCUCCCAAGUGUCUUCAAAUCUCUCGCCACUUUCCCCUGGCUCUCCACUUGCGUUCUCCCCCAGUGCUACCGAGGUCCCUGACCCAGCCUCUCAUUCUCUGCAGAGCUCUGUCCUCCCUUCUCCACCUGCCUUCUCUCCCAGUGGCUCCCAGGUCACGCUGACUCCUCCUUCCUUUCCCCCCUGCCCCUCCACAUCUCCCCUCCCCUCCACCACAGCCGCCCCUCUCCUCUCUCUGGCUAGUGCCUUCUCACUGGCUGUGAUGACUGUGGCCCAGUCCCUGCUGUCCCCCUCACCUGGGCUCCUGUCCCAGUCUCCUGCAGCGCCCCCUGCUCCUCUACCCAGUCUGCCCCCACCUCCCCCCGCUGCUCCUUGUGACCAGGAUAGGCCUUCACCUCCAGCGGCUGAGAUGGAGAAUGAGGCCCUGCCAAAUCCUGCUCGGCCCCUUCUGGGUGAAGCCAGACUGGAGCCCAUCUCUGAAGAGGGAAAGCCGCAGCUUGUGGGGCGUUUCCAAGUGACUUCAUCCAAGGAACCAGCUGAGCCUCUUCCCCUGCAACCAGCAUUCCCGGCUCUUUCCAGUUCCCUGAAGCCUCCAACCCCUCAGCUGACCUCGGAGAGCUCAGACACAGAGGAUAGUGCUGGAAGCGGGCCGGAAGCCAGAGAGGCUCUGGCUGAGAGUGACCGUGCAGCUGAAGGCCUAGGGGCUGGAGUUGAGGAAGGGGACGAUGGGAAGGAACCCCGAGUGGGGGGCAGCCCCCCACCCCAGAGCCAUCCCAGCCCGGUAUGGAUGAACUACUCAUACAGCAGCCUGUGCCUGAGCAGUGAGGAAUCCGAGAGCAGUGGGGAGGAUGAGGAAUUCUGGGCUCAGCUGCAGAGUCUUCGGCAGAAGCACUUGUCAGAGGUGGAGGCCCUACAGACACUGCAGAAGAAGGAAAUCGAGGACUUGUACAGCCGGCUUGGGAAGCAGCCCCCACCGGGUAUCGUGGCCCCGGCUGCUAUGCUGUCCAGCCGCCAGCGCCGCCUCUCCAAGGGCAGCUUCCCCACUUCCCGCCGCAACAGCCUGCAGCGCUCUGAGCCCCCAGGCCCUGUGAAUUCAGAACAGAAGCCAUGUGUCUCCCCCACACCAGGGCCCACCAUGGAGCUUGUGCUCUCAGAAUCUGCUGACCAACACAACUCUGCAAGAAGACCCCAGUACUGAGGGAGUAGAAGGCCAGAGGGGCAUGGAGAGUGCUGCUCCAUUGUAGGGAAGAGCCAAACCUGCGGGCACUGUUUACUGUGUGUAGAAGGUGCCAGUUCUGCAGCCUACCAUCUUCAUGCCUCCACCUCCCCAGCCCAGGGUCAACCACUAAGCAGUCCCAUUCAAGCCCUGAUGCUUCUAGAGGGCACACUCUAGCUGAGCAAAUAUAGGGGGUGUGUUCACUCUAGAAUUCGCAACAGCCAAUAAAACUGCUGGAAACUAGGA